AUGUUAUCAAAUAACAUUAUAUAUGAAAAUAAUUUAUUAUCAUCGAAUGACAAUGACAGACCAACUAAAUAUCGAAUUCGACGAAUGCUUGAUAGUGACGUUAAUACGCUCGUUAAAAUAGAAGAAAUUACUUGGCCUUUUGAGCCAUGGACAGCUGACACUUUUUUUCAUUGUCUUGGUGAACCAUUUACAUAUUGUUGGAUACUUGUGAGCGUUACUAAUGAUCAUUCGGUACUUGGAUAUGCUAUUCAAUAUUUCAUUCGCGAAAAAUCAGAGAUAGCAAAUUUGUGCAUUCAUCCCGAUCAACGUGGCGGUGGUUUAGGUGGAAUACUGUUACAUCAUAUGAUAAAUUACGCUCAUCAAUUUGGUUAUAGGAUUCAUCAGCUUGAAGUAAACACGUCGAAUAUCCAUGCAUAUAGAUUAUAUAAUAAAUUUGGUUUUAAAAUAGUUGGAGUGCGAAAACAAUUUUAUUCAGAUGGUGCUGACGCAUAUGAUAUGCAGUUAAUUGUUGAUGAAGUUCAUCCGAAGAUGUGA